AUGGCAACGCUCUAUGUCACGCUCUAUCUGCUAGUUUCGGUGUCCGUCGUUUGUCACUGUUUGGUUGUGGAUUUCUACGAAACCUAUUUCAUUGAGCCAACCAUGGAUGGUCGUAAUGCCCUACGACUGGCCGCCUAUAAGUGGCCCAACGGUAUUGUGCCAUAUCUUUUCGAUGAGAACAGUUGCGAUCAACACUAUCGAGACACAGUUUUGGAUGCAAUGAGUGUCCUCGAGCAGGCCAGCUGUGUACAUUUUAUCCCGAAGACUGACGACCAGGUGGAGCAUAUUCGAUUUAACAAGUCGGAGUUGGGAUGUGGUUCGUCGAUUGGAUAUCGACCGGCUCAGCGGGAACCGCUGGAUGUCGUGCUGGAUGAUUUCUGCCUUAGCCUGCCGGGGGCGGUGCAACACGAGCUGCUUCACGUGCUCGGCCUAUUCCACGAACAUACUCGACCGGAUCGGGAUGAGUAUGUGGAGAUUCUGUGGGACAACAUAGAACCAGAAUUUCGACAGAAUUUUCUCAAAGGAUCGUACGACUAUAUGGAGACGUUUGGGUUGCCGUAUGAUUACCGCAGCGUGAUGCACUAUCCGACGUACGCGUUCGCUCGGCCAGGUACCACCGAAACCAUGGUUUCCCGCCAAAAUCGCAGUGCCACGUUGGGUCAAACCGAGGCCGCCAGUACGCUGGAUUUGGAGAAGAUACGACGAAUGUAUGAGUGCUGA